AUGAGAGCGGUUGUGCUUGCCCUGACUCUGGCCCUUGUGGCUGGUCAACAUCAUAACUUUGCUCCUGAUUUUGCUGCUGGUAAGACUUAUGUGUACAAAUAUGAGGCACUGCUCUUGGGUGGUCUGCCAGAGGAAGGUUUGGCAAGAGCUGGACUCAAAGUCAGCAGCAAAGUUCUCAUCAGUGCCGCAGCACAAAAUACAUACAUGCUGAAGCUUGUGGAACCUGAGCUUUAUGAGUACAGCGGUGUCUGGCCUAGGGAUCCCUUAAUUCCAGCAACCAAGCUGACUUCAGUACUGGCACCUCAGUUCUUGACCCCUAUCAAGUUUGAGUAUGCCAAUGGUGUUGUCGGAAAAAUGUUUGCCCCUGAGGGAAUUUCCACACUGGUACUGAACGUCUACAGAGGUAUCCUGAAUGUCCUUCAGCUCAACAUCAAGAAGACCCAGAAUGUCUAUGAGUUGCAGGAGGCCGGAGCUCAGGGUGUGUGCAAAACCCUCUAUGCCAUCACUGAAGACGAAAAGGCUGAACGCAUCCUUUUGACAAAGACCAGGGACCUGAACCACUGUCAGGAGAAGAUCAUGAAGGACAUGGGGUUGGCAUACACUGAGAAAUGUGUCAAGUGUCAGCAGGAUUCAAAGAACCUGAGAGGAGCUACAGCGUACAAUUACAUCUUGAAGCAAGUUGCAAGCGGAAUCAUGAUCCUGGAGGCAGUCGUCAAUGAGGUGAUCCAGUUCUCACCUUUCAGCGAGAUGAACGGAGCUGCUCAGAUGGAGACCAAGCAAUCCUUGGUCUUCCUUGAGAUUCAAAAGGCCCCUAUUGUACCCAUUGAGGCUCAGUAUCUUCACCGUGGAUCUCUCAAGUAUGAGUUCUCCACUGAGCUUCUUCAGACACCCAUUCAGCUCAUCAAGAUCAACAAUGCAAAGGCCCAGAUUGUGGAAAUUCUGAAUCACCUGGUCGCCCACAAUGUGGAGAGAGUCCAUGAAGAUGCCCCUCUGAAAUUUUUGGAGCUCAUUCAGGUCCUUCGUGCAGCCCACUUUGCAGACCUGGAAAUGCUCUGGAGCCAAUUCAGAAACAAACCUGCUUACAGACAAUGGAUCUUGGAUGCCAUCCCUGUCAUUGGAACACCUGCUGCGCUGAGAUUCAUCAAGGAGAAAUUCUUGGCUGAUGAGAUGACUGUUGCUGAAACAGCUCAGGCUUUGAUUGCAUCUGUUCACAUGGUGACAGCAGACACUGAGGCCAUCAAGCUGGUCAAGGCCAUGGCGGUCAACAAUAAAAUACUAGAGAGCCCAGUUCUGAGGGAGAUUGUCCUCCUCGGCUACGGUACAAUGAUUUCCAAAUAUUGUGUUGAGAUGGCUGUCUGCCCUGCUGAACUCAUAAAGCCCAUCCAUGAGCUGCUUGCAGAGGCUGUUGCUAUAGAUGAGACCCAGGACAUCAUCCUGCUCCUGAAGGUUUUGGGUAAUGCUGGUCAUCCUAUUAGCCUUAAGCCAAUAACAAAGAUCCUGCCCAUACAUGGCACUGCAGCUGCAUCCCUGCCCAUGAGAGUUCACGCUGAUGCCAUCAUGGCCUUGAGGAACAUUGCAAAGAAGGAGCCCAGAAUGAUCCAGGAUUUGGCUCUUCAGCUGUACAUGGACAAGGCUCUUCACCCAGAGCUUCGGAUGCUUUCAUGCAUUGUGCUGUUUGAGACAAGACCUCCAAUGGGUUUGGUGACAAGUCUUGCCAACAUUGUGAAGAUAGAGGAGAACCUGCAGGUAGCCAGCUUCACUUACUCUCAUAUGAAGUCCCUAACCAGGAGCACCGCCACAAUCCAUGCCUCAGUUGCUGCAGCCUGCAACGUUGCUAUCAAAAUCUUGAGCCCGCGGCUGGAAAAACUGAGCUUACGUUUCAGCAAAGCCAUCCAUGCAGACAUCUACAACAGUCCUUUGAUGCUCGGUGCUGCUGCCAGUGCUUUCUACAUCAAUGAUGCUGCCAGCAUUCUGCCCAGAUCUAUUCUGGUCAAGACCAGUGCCUACUUUGCUGGAGCUGCUGCCGAUGUCCUGGAGGUCGGAGUGAGAACUGAUGGACUCCAGGAGGCUCUUCUGAAAAACCCAGCAAUUAUUAACAGUGCUGACAGGAUCACCAAGAUGAAGCGUGUCAUUAAGGCUCUCUCUCAGUGGAAGUCUCUGCCCAACAGAAGCCCUCUGGCCUCCAUCUAUGUCAAAUUCUUCGGACAAGAAAUUGCCUUUGCCAACAUCGACAAAACCUUAAUCGAUCAGGCCAUUGCACUCGCUACUGCACCCUCUGUUCAGGCAUUUGGUAGAAAUGCUGUCAAGGCUCUGCUCUCUGGUGCUUCCUUCCACAUUGCAAAGCCUCUGCUGGCUACUGAGGUGCGACGUAUCCUACCAACUGCUGCUGGUCUUCCAAUGGAGCUCAGUCUGUACACUGCUGCUGUGGCUGCUGCAGCUGUUCAAGUCAAGGCUACCACAACACCAACUCUGCCUGAAAACUUCCAUCUUGCUCACCUUCUGAAGACAGAUAUGCAGCUUGAGACUGAGGUCAGACCAAGUGUUGUUGUGAACACAUUUGCUGUGAUGGGGGUAAACACUGCCAUACUCCAGGCUGCCCUGGUAUCAAGAGCAAAACUCAACUCUAUUUUGCCUGCCAAAAUCGCUGCAAGACUUGACAUCACUGAAGGCCAUUUUAAGAUUGAAGCUCUGCCCGUCUCUGUGCCUGAACACAUUGCAGCUGUGCAUGUUGAGACUCUUGCUGUGGCAAGAAAUAUUGAGGAUCUUGCUGCUCCAAGAAUCACUCCCAUUAUCUCUGCUCAAGUCUUGCAAUCUUCCAUCUCAAGGGAGAUUCUCACAUCUAAGAUUGUUUCUUCUGCUGCAGCUAGUUGGUCAAGAUCCUCAGAGACAAUUUCCCAGGGUGUGCCACUUUCCAUUAUAAAAUCCAAAGCAGCUCAAUUUGAGAAGAAGUACUGUAUUGAAACUGUUGCCAUUGGAGUGAAAGGCUGUGUCAAGGUUGCCACUGAAAAUGCUGCUCACAUCAGAGACACUGUCCUGUACAAACUGGCUGGAAGGCACUCUGUUUCUCUCUCUUUCAAACCAAUUGAAGGUGAAGUCGUUGAGAGACUGGAGAUGGAGAUUCAAGUUGGACCAAAGGCUGCAGAGAAGCUCAUCAAGCAGAUCAACCUGAGCGAGGAGGAAAUUACUGAGGGACAACCAGUCUUGAUGAAGCUCAAGGGAAUCCUGGUUCCGGGUCUGAGGAAUGGCACCAUAUCCUCCUCCAGCUCCAGCAGCUCUCGCUCCAAGUCUUUCUCUGCCUCUUCCAGCUCCUCAUCUCAUGUUGCUGCUCUCAGGAGCAGCAGCAGCAGCAGAAGCAGCAGACUCAGCUCCUCCAGAUCUCUAAGCAGUUCCAAGUCCAGCUCUGCAUCAAACCUUGCAUCUCUCUUCGGUGCUAGCUCAAGUUCCUCUAGCUCCAGUGCUCAUCUCUCAAAGAGAGUGAUUUAUCCUCACAAGUUCCAGAAGAACCACGAGAAACAGGCUCUCACCUCUCAAGCCAUCCCAGUACCACCUUCCAUGAGCAGAAGCAGUGCCUCAAGCUUUGAGGCCAUCUACAGACAGAACAAAUUCCUGGUCAACGAAGCUGCUCCUACCUUUGCUAUCAUCUUCCGUGCUGUCAGAGCUGACAACAAGAUGCAGGGAUACCAACUGGCUGCCUACUUGGACAGACCUACAGCCAGAAUUCAGAUCAUUCUGGCUGCCUUGGCUGCAGAUAGCAACUGGAAGUUCUGUGUUGAUGGAGUUGUGCUAAGCAAGCACAAAGUCACAGCUAAACUUGCUUGGGGAGCAGAAUGCAAACAGUAUGACACCAUGAUCACAGCCGAGACUGGUCUCGUUGGUCCAAGCCCAGCAGCUCGCCUCAGAGUGGCCUGGAACGAACUGCCAUCUGCCCUUAAACGCUACGCAAAGAAGGUGUAUGACUACAUUCCUGCUUCCAUGCUGGCUGGCUUGAUUCAAGGGAAGGAUGAAAACAGUGCCAAGCAGCUCUCACUUACUGUUGUUGCAACAUCUGAUAGGACACUUGACUUCAUCUGGAAAACACCAAUGCAUACUGUCUAUAAGUUGGCUUUGCCUCUUCCCAUCGCUCUGCCACUUGAUGAAGUCACAGGUCUCACCCCCUUCGAUGACCUUGCUGAUAAAGUCCACUACUUGCUUACCAAGGUUGGCACAGCUGAAUGUAGCUUCGCCAUGGACACGGUGACCACAUUUAACAACAGGAGAUAUAAGAACGAGAUGCUUUUGUCUUGCUACCAAGUUCUGGCACAGGAUUGCACUGAUGAGCUGAAAUUCAUGGUUCUGCUGAAGAAGGAUCACAUUGAACAGAACCAUAUCAAUGUGAAGAUUGCUGACAUUGAUAUUGAUCUGUACCCGAAGAACACUGACGUGAUUGUGAAGGUCAAUGGAAUGGAAAUACCCAUCAACAACCUGCCAUAUCAACAUCCCACAGCCAAAAUCCAGAUAAGACCAAAGGGUGAAGGCAUCUCUGUGUUUGCUCCCAGCCAUGGUCUUCAUGAAGUCUACUUUGAUAAGAACUCAUGGAAGGUUAAAGUUGUUGACUGGAUGAAGGGACAGACCUGUGGACUCUGUGGAAAAGCUGAUGGGGAAGUCAGACAGGAGUACCGCACACCCAGUGGACGCCUGACCAAGAACGCAGUCAGCUAUGCUCAUUCCUGGGUUCUGCCAGCCGAGAGCUGCAGGGACACCACUGAGUGUCGUAUGAAGCAUGAAUUUAUACAGCUACAGAGGCAAGUAAACAUCCAUGGUCAGGAAUCCAACUGCUACUCAGUUGAGCCUGUGCUGCGCUGCCUGCCUGGCUGCUUCCCUGUGAAGACCACAGCAGUUACUGUUGGCUUCCACUGUGCACCCACCGAUUCUCGCCCAGAGAAUCUCAACACCAUCUAUGACAACAGUGUGGACCUGAAGGAAACAGCAGAAGCUCACCUGGCCUGCAGCUGCACAGCUCAGUGUGCUUAAUAACAUUUUCUUCUGUCAGUCACUGAUGGCAUGUGUAUGUUUUGAAUGUCAUUUUAAAUAAACUGCAUCUCAAAGUAAGUGUUGUUAUGUUUCUACAAGUAUGACGGACUUGUAAAACUACACAGCUGUGUGCGAUAAAUGCUUUUCAUGUCUCCAAAUGUGUUGAUUUUUACUGUUUGUGAUAAACUUUAAAUACAUUUAAAAACUCUCUUGGAUUAGCUGAAAAAUGCAUCAUCACAAAGCUAAA